GAUGAAAAACAUAGCAAAUUCAUGACGGCGGACAUUCAAGCUUAAACCUACUCGUUUCAGUAACUUGGUUUUUCAGAAGGUUGAUUUAAACUAUCAUAUCUCUACUGGGACAUUCAGUACCUUUUCUAAUAGCUAGAUCGAGUCGAAUGAGAGGACAUAUUCGUUGUUUUUCUUUCCCUAUGGCUUGUGGAAUAUCGUGCUGCGCUCACUGCGGGAAAUGGUGCUUUAGUCGCCGACAGCUUUGGCAGCUUCUGUUCUUGCUUUUUUAUUUCAUGAUGGCGAACGGACACAUCAGAUAUUCAAUACCAGAGGAGAUGAAGAAAGGCUCCCUAAUCGGUAACGUAGCACAGGACCUUGGCUUGGAUGUGAAAAGGCUUCGUUCUGGUCGGGCCCGUAUCGUGACUGGAGACAACAUGCAUUACACCGAGCUGAAGACAGACAAAGGGAUUCUGGUCGUGAACGAGAAAAUAGACCGAGAGCAGCUUUGCGGCGACGUGACGCCGUGCAGUUUCAGCUUUGAGGUGCUUUUAGAAAAUCCCAUGGAGCUUCAUCAAAUUACGGUAGAAAUAACAGACGUUAACGAUCAUUCGCCAGUUUUUAAUAAAGAUAAUAUCCAUUUCGAAAUCAGUGAAAUUGCUAACACGGGCUCUCGUUUUCCACUGACUAGUGCAGAAGAUCUCGAUGUAGGUGUUAAUGGACUUAAAGAAUAUUUUCUAACAGAAAAUGAUCAUUUUGUUUUAAAGCAAACCUCCAAUGUCGAUGGAAACAAAUAUGCAGAGAUGGUUCUUCAGAAACCAUUAGACAGGGAGACAAACCCCACUCUGUCUCUGAAGCUAAUAGCAGUAGAUGGCGGAACUCCACAGAGAUCUGGUACAGUAAAUAUAGAAAUCACUGUUUUAGACGCUAACGAUAAUGCCCCUGUAUUUAAUCAGUCUGUGUAUAAAGCCACAGUUAUGGAAAACGCUCCCAGAGACACUUAUGUUAUUACUGUUAACGCCAGUGACGCAGAUUUCGGUUCCAAUGGUGUAGUAUCGUACUCGUUUUCAGAUGUCAGCAGUGGUCUCAAAAACGUGUUCACUAUAAAUGAACACAGUGGAGUCAUUUUAAUAACAGGCUCACUAGAUUAUGAAAAGGACAAAAAAUACGAGCUUAGACUUGAGGCAAAAGAUCAAGGAGGACUGACUGAUUCCAGUAAGGUCGUAAUUGAAGUUAGUGAUGUGAAUGACAACGCCCCUCUCAUAAGCGUCAUGUCAUUCACUAGUCCAGUGUCAGAAGAUUCUCCACCUGGAACAACUAUUGGAAUUAUUAAUAUUAAAGAUCUGGAUUCUGGAGACAAUGGUCAGGUAACGUGCAAAGUAGAACAAAAUGCCCCGUUUAAAAUGAAGUCAAAUUUAAGGAACUACUACACUUUAGUAACAGAUACGCAGUUAGACAGAGAAAGUGUUUCAGAGUAUAACAUCACUAUUGUUGCGACAGAUGCAGGAAAUCCUCCUCUCUCAGCAAAGAAAACCUUUAACCUCAAGGUUUCUGAUGUGAACGAUAACGCUCCUCUGUUUUCACAAAGCGUUUACAGUGCGUUUAUUGGAGAAAAUAACUCCCCAGGAUUCUCAGUUUUGACCCUAAAAGCUAAAGACCCUGAUGAGAACCUGAAUGCCCGUAUAUCUUAUAUUCUGGAGAGCAGUAAUGUGGGAGGAUCUGCCCUUUCUGAAUAUGUCUCUGUAAAUGCUGAAAGUGGAGUAGUUCACGCCAUGCGCUCCUUUGACUAUGAAACCAUGAAACAGCUGGUUUUCAUUAUCAAAGCUCAGGAUGGAGGUUCUCCUCCACUCAGCAGUAACGUGACGGUGAAAAUCCUGAUCCAGGACCAGAACGACAACCCUCCUCAGGUUCUGUACCCAGUCCAGACUGGGGGCUCUAUGGUGGCUGAGAUGGUGCCUCGUUCAGCAGAUGUGGGCUAUCUGGUGACUAAAGUGGUGGCUGUGGAUGUGGACUCUGGACAGAACGCCUGGCUCUCCUAUAAACUGCAGAAAGCCACAGACAGGGCGCUGUUUGAAGUGGGCUUACAGAAUGGAGAAAUCAGAACCAUCCGCCAAGUGACUGAUAAAGACGCAGUCAAGCAGAGGCUGAGUGUUAUAGUGGAGGACAACGGGCAGCCCUCUCGUUCAGCUACAGUCAUUGUUAACGUGGCGGUGGCGGACAGCUUCCCUGAAGUGCUGUCGGAGUUCACGGACUUUACACACGACAAGGAGUACAAUGACAACCUGACUUUUUACUUAGUGCUGGCUCUGGCUGUGGUUUCCUUCCUGUUCAUCACGUGUUUAGUGGUCAUCAUAUCAGUCAAAGUGUACAGGUGGAGACAGUCUCGCAUCCUGUAUCACUCCAACCUGCCUGUGAUUCCAUAUUAUCCACCACGUUACUCAGACACUUUGGGGACAGGGACUCUCCAACACGUGUACAACUACGAGGUGUGCAGGACCACUGACUCCAGAAAGAGUGACUGUAAGUUCGGCAGAGCCGGUAGUCAGAACGUGCUGAUCAUGGAGCCCGGUUCAACGGGGACGAUGCAGAGGAUGCAGAGUGAAAAGAGCAUCCUGGACGAACCAGACUCUCCUGUAGAGGUUGGUUAAAUUAUACUGUUUUCG